AUGUCACGUGAAGAUUAUCAACCCAUUACUGUGAAGUUUGAUGGAACAAACUACAAUCAUUGGUCUUUCUUAAUGAGAAGUUUCCUCAAGGGAAAAUCCAUGUGGAAAUAUAUUGACGGCAAAGCUAAGAAGCCUGCAAACGGAGUCGUCAUCACUGACAAAGGAAAAGAUACAGGAGAAGAAACUGCAGAGAGCUGGGAGAUCAAUAAUCACAAAAUAUUAACCUGGCUAAGCAACACAGUAGUAACAUCUAUAAGCAUGCAACUUACAAGCUUUGAGACUGCCAAAGAUGCAUGGGAGUUUCUCUCAAAAAGAGAAGAGUCUCGAUUAGUUCAGCUCUUAAUGGCAUUAAGAGAUGACUUUGAGACUGUGAGAGCCUCAAUCCUCCAUCGAUCACCUCUUCCGUCUGUCGAAGCCGCAUUGUCAGAACUCAUCACUGAAGAAACUCGGAAAAGAAUCAAACCAGACAUACCAGCAGUGUUUGCAGUCAAUUCACGUGCAAACUUUAACACUCAUCUCAACUCUCAGAAAACUCAUCGUGAUUUCUCACAAAUCCAGUGCUACAACUGUAAGAAACCAGGCCACCUAGCCAAGAACUGCACCGUGCCAUCAGUGCAAAGUGGAUCACAAAGCUCAAACACACAAACAAUCCAGCAAGGAUCAAGCUUCCCAAUCCAGUGCAACUACUGCAAGGAACCAGGGCAUACAGUAGGAAACUGUACAUCCCCUACUUCCAGAAAUAUGAGAGAACGAAGAAAGUUUAAUGGAACUGGAUACACAUCUGCACCAUCCAGUUAUGCAGCUACAUCACCAUCCAGUUAUGCAGCUGCAUCCACACCAAACAAUCUAGCUGACAUACAAGAGAUGCUCAAGAAAGCACUCUCACUGGGUAACAAUAACUCUACAGCAGCAUCUACACUAUCUACUUCCACAAGUAGCUUUUCAAAUGGAUCCCAAGACAGAAAAGCUUGUUGGGAUAGGCCGUAG